AUGAGUUUCACGAACCUAUACAAGCCCACCCCGCCGCCAGCACCGGUGAGCACAGAACCCACAGACGAACCAUACGACAUCAACUUCGCAUACCCCCUCAACCUCGACAUUCUGCAAACCCCAAAAAUCAAGCUCGUCCCCUUCAUCCCCUCCGUCCAUGCCGUCCCCUUCUACGCCGCCGCGACCAAAACCCCCGAGACGAUGCGCUUCAUCCCCUUCCAUUUCACCAAGCUCGAUGAUUUCCUGGUGAAUGUCGUGGGGCCCUUCCAAGCGAGCCCGGACUACCUCCUUCUCACCAUCAUCGACAAGCUCAAGCUCGAGCAGGGGGCGGAGGAGAAGGACUGCAUCGCCGGCGUGAUUGGGUACCUCGGGAUGUCGACCAUGAGGAGAUCGGUGGAGCUGGGGCCGGUGAUCGUAUUGCCUGAGUACCAGCGCACGCAUGUGUCGACGCACGCCAUCGGGGCGGCGAUGCGGUAUAUCCUGGAGGUGCCUGCGCAAGGCGGGCUGGGCUGGAGGCGCGUGCAGUGGACGGCGAAUACGAGCAACGCGGCGUCAGUGCGGAGUGCGGAGAGAAUGGGGAUGAAGGUCGAGGCGGCGGCGAUGCGAUGGAGUUUUUGUCUGCAGGAGGAGAAGGAGGGGAUCGUCGUCCCGGCUGAGAGGGGCGGCGGGAAGGGGCGGCAUAGCGCGCUGCUCGCCGUCUGCUGGGACGACUGGGAGAACGGAGUUCGAGAUCAUCAUAUCAUGUUGGCGCCCAUACUGGAAUUCUUGUUCAAGUCCAUCAUGGCUCCUGGUCGUCCAGUCGGCACUGUCAAAGUCAGAGUUCCACGACACAACGCUCAACGACUAGGCGCGAAACUCGGUGCACAGGUCAAAGCAGUAGCCAAAGCCGAAGCUAUCGUUGCCGACACAUAUCAACCAACACAUGAUUCAGUGGCUCUCGCACAGGCUGUCGAAAGCGCAUCUGAAUGGAACUCAAUGCUUAUAACAGCUCGAGCGCAAAGAGGGCCUCAGUGGGAUAUCGGUACACAGCAAUUCCUCGUAGACGACGGCUCAGAUCUUUACUACGACCCGACACCAAUUCUCGAAGCUGUCAAGAAACUCACCGAAGACGAGACUCCCAAACCCCACGAAUCACAUAAACCCGUCGGACGGGGGACACCUCAACCAAUGCGAGGGGACCCGGGAGGCCGAGAAUUUGCGCCUCAGCAUCCUCAUGGGAUGCCGCACGAUGGCGGUGUCGUGGGUACCCCUCAGCACCAGCGACACCCCGGCGUACAGGCGUACCCUCCGUACGGCGUCGGUGUGGGGAUGUCUCCUGCGGGCCCAAGCCCGAUGCGCCAGCAACCGCAGCAGCAACAGUAUGCUUCUGGGCCGCCUCCCGGUGGUGUUGGGCCCUUCAACCCUGUUCAGGCGGGCCAGUUCUACAACCAGCAUCAGCAACAUGACGUGCCGUCGCCUAUGCGUGGCAUGGGCAUGGGCAUGGGUGCGGGCAUGGGUGCUGUAGGGAUGGACCAGGUCGGCGUUCAUCCUGGGGUGCCGGGUGUGAAUCCGAUGCAGCAGCACCCAGGCAUGCAUGGCGGCAUGGGUGGUGGGAUGGGGAUGGUAGGUAUGCCUCCCGGUGGCGGCAUGCCGAUGCAUAUCUCGCCGGAUAUUAGACAGAGGAUGGCCCGCGGGAUGGGAGCAGAAUUUGGGGUGAAUUGA